AUGUUGAUUUCAACAUGGCGUGUGACCGCGCUACUCUUGGUGUUUGUCAACCUCGCCUCUGGUCUGGAAAGAAACAGACUGGGAGCUAGCCCUUACUACCUGAACCACGAUGAUUGCCCUGAGCGGUGCAGCAUAUCUGGUCCCGAGCCAGGCAACUGGUCCGUUUACCAGGAUCUCACGCAGCUCAGGAAGUGUCAGGAAACCAUGUUCUUUGCCUUCUCCCUCUUUGAUCCCAUCGAUGAAGAUUCUACUCAUCGCAUUCAUGCCUGCACAUCAUUUGGCCCAGACUUUUCACUUCUUCCCAACGCCACCACCAUCCAAGCCGCUGCUUCUUCUCCCAUCAGUGUCGAUUAUGAGAUUGGUUGGCACAAGGACGGGCUUGAACUGGCUGCUUCUGGAAUUCGUUCCAUCACCAGGCAAGCUCGCCACUACCUGACUCAUGGACAUGGUACUACAGAUGGGCCUGCCAUCAUGUUUGCUCAGUCAGGACAAGCCACUCUUGGUCUAUACGUUGGCGAAAGCCUCGGAAGUCAAGUUAUUGGCUCUUCUGCGCUCCAAAUGUUGGAGAACAGCCUUGACAACUUGAAUGUUACAGGAUCCAGUCUGGCUAUGCAACUAUGCGUUCCAGAUGCUGGCAAUGCUCAUUCAUUUGGUCUCAUGGUGACAAGCAACGGAACCUUUGCUUCCAUUCAGAACGCUGUUCAGUCGUGGGCUAACGGAACCUGCUUGUCCUUUCCGGAGUCUACAACCAUGACUGGCCAGGCUUUGUACACCAAGCCGCUAGAUGUUCUGACUGACGUCAAGAACUCUACCAGGCCAGCAAAGCCUGUAUCUACAAGCAGUGAGCAUGGCCGACGCCACCAACAUCUGCAUGUCCGUGCCGAGUGCAGAACCACCCGGGUCGAAUCUGGGGACAGUUGCGCCAAACUGGCACAGAGAUGCGGUAUCUCAGCCAGCGACUUCACUAAGUACAAUCCAGGAUUCAAGUUCUGUGCUGGGCUUGUGCCUAAGCAACACGUGUGCUGCUCAAAAGGAGAUCUUCCUGACCUCCGACCUACCAAGAACAAAGAUGGUUCUUGCCACGCCUACAAGGUUGACAAGGGUGACAACUGUGCAAGUAUUGCUGUCGAGAAUGGUCUCAAGGUUGAAGAUCUUGAGAAGUUCAACAAGAAGACUUGGGGUUGGGCUGGAUGCAAGAGACUGUUCUACCAGACUGUCAUGUGUUUGAGUGAAGGAACUCCCCCGUUCCCCGACGAAAUCGCCAAUGCAAACUGUGGUCCACAAAAGCCAGGAACCAAGAAGACUGGGGAUACAACUGAUAUCUCUGAUCUCAACCCUUGCCCUCUCAAUGCCUGUUGCAAUAUCUGGGGCCAAUGCGGAAUCACCAAGGAGUUUUGCACUGAUACCAGUACUGGUGCCCCCGGAACUGCCAAGGAGGGCACCAACGGUUGCAUCUCCAACUGUGGUACCAAGAUUGUCAACAGUGGCGGUGGUGGCACAAUCAAAAUUGGCUACUUCCAAGGUUACGGCAUGGGCCGGCCUUGCCUCUACCAAGAUGCGUCCCAGAUCGACACCUCGAAGUACACGCACUUGCACUUUGCGUUCGGCACUCUUACCAAGGAUUUUGAUGUUGAAGUGGGAGACAAGCUCUCUCAGUAUCAGUUCAAAAACUUCGCACGUUUGACUGGCGUCAAAAGGAUCCUUUCAUUUGGUGGCUGGGACUUUUCAGCCCUUCCUGCCACCUAUUCCAUCUUUCGAGAAGGUGUAAAGCCCGCCAAUCGACUCAACAUGGCCAAGAAGAUUGCCGCGUUCAUUGUUAAGCACAAGCUUGACGGUGUCGACAUUGACUGGGAGUACCCUGGAGCACCUGAUAUUCCUGGUAUUCCACCAGCUGAUAAAGAUGAAGGAAAGAACUACCUCGCUUUCCUUGUCGUCUUGAAGAACCUGUUAAAGGGCAAGUCGGUAUCUAUCGCGGCUCCUUCUUCUUACUGGUACUUGAAGCAAUAUCCUAUCAAGGACAUUGGUAAAGUCGUGGACUAUAUUGUCUACAUGACAUACGAUCUUCAUGGGCAGUGGGAUACAGAGAACUCUCAUUCGCAGGAAGGCUGUGUAUUUGGUAACUGCCUUCGUAGUCAAGUUAAUCUCACUGAGACUCAAUACUCGCUAGCCAUGAUUACCAAGGCUGGUGUCCCAAGUAACAAGGUCAUUGUGGGUGUCACAAGCUAUGGGCGAUCGUUCAAGAUGGCCUCAGCUGGUUGUUAUGGCCCAGACUGCUUCUACACUGGCAGCAAGAUACACUCAGACGCCAAGGAGGGCAAGUGUACUGGUCAAGCUGGCUAUAUUGCCGAUGCUGAGAUCGCAGAGAUUCUCAAGGACAAAAGCCGCGUUGUCAAACACUUUGUUGACUCAACAAGCCACAGCGACAUUCUCGUAUACGACAAUACCGAAUGGGUGUCUUAUAUGAGCCCCAGCACCAAGAUGGCUCGCGAGACUGUGUAUAAGGCGUUCGGCAUGGGCGGCACCACUGAUUGGGCCGUCGAUCUACAAGAGUACCACGAUGUCCCCAAGCCCUCCAAGUCCUGGGCUAUCUUCAAGGAAGACGCAGCAAGCGGUUACGAUCCCCUGCUGGACAACGAGAGAACCGGUAACUGGACGAAAAUGAACUGCCAUUCACCAGUCAUGCGCGAUUUCAAAGGAUACACAGCACCUGAGGUGUGGAGGGAGGCGGGCACCGAUGGUGCCUGGAAAGAUCUGCUGAAGAUUUGGUAUGAUUUGGAUGAGAAAAGAGGUUACACAUUAAGCGAGUCGAUCACCUUGAAUCUAAGGAUGACGCCAAGGCCCAAUUGCCAUCAGUUGAAGGACACAGAAUGCGAUCAGCUGGCAGAGUGUAUCCAGGAGAUGAACAGCGAUGUGUCAGGACCUGCGGGAGUGUUCAUCGUGAAUUCUAUCGCCAGAAUCCACAAAAUGUACAGCUCCUACUACGAUGCUGUGACCGAAGCGGCUGUUUUUAUCUCCUUCGAUCUCGACGCUUUUGGCAACAAGUUUGCACCGAUCCCUGAAGCGGAAGACAAGACAUGGAUUCUUGUGCUUGUUGAUCUUCUUACCUGGGGUACUUCUUCAAUAGCCGCUCCCUUCUUCAAUUCAAAGCUUCGCGAACUUCCCUACUUUAUGGGCAAUCCGAAUACCCACGACAACAUCAAGGACACGACGAUGACUUUCAUUGGACAAAGUACAACUGUGGCGAAAGAUUUAGUGAGUGGCGUUGAGUCAGACACUACAUGGACAGUGGAGAAGAGAGACGAUUUCAAGAGCUACAUGGGCCAGGUGCUCGAUGGAUGGCAAAAGCUCGCCAAUGCUUCAGUAGCCUCGCUUUUCAAUGGCUCUGAUCCGGAAUCUGUCAAGACACUUUGGAGCCUUAUCUCAGAUGGGAAAAUGAUUCAAGCCGGCGUCAAAGGAGACGGGUCGAAAAUCAUCAAGGAUGAUGGCGUGAGCACCAUCGACCUCAGGAAACAUGUUGCAAAGACGUUCUAUGGAUAUAUCAUUCCUACGGUAUGGAGAGUCUCUGAAACGUAUGCUUUCAUUCUUGACUCGGGUUACGACUGUUACGCGGAAUAUCCUUCCGAGGACUACGUGACCAAAGAAGCCAUGGAUGCUACCAGCACCUGUUAUGGCGGACGACGUUACUACUUGGUCUACCCGAAAGAAGACAACAUUGGAGGCUGCAUUAAUGAUUGUACCUGGAACGGUCAAUGUUCAACAACUUGCAAAAAGAACAAGUUCAUUGCUCCACCGGGUUUAUCAACUCUCAACGCCACCAGUUUUGGAGGCAUUACGGCACAGGAUCUCGUCGUCGGCUCCGUCCGCACUUACGAGCAAAACGGGAAGAAGAACACAGCCAAGUAUGAUGAUCUGGUCGCCGGCAAUCUUAACACGGAUGAUCUACUCGACCUCGAUGUCACUACCCCCGGUAUCAUGCGCCUUCCAGUAUGCAGCCCCGAACGCGCAUAUCAAUCGUGGGAUACGACCUCCAAGGGCUCCAGCGCCUUCUACCCAUGCGACAUCCCCCCCGGACAGAGGUCGUGCAAAGCCUCGACUUUCACGUACAAGGACGACACGAGCAAUGCAUCUCCGUUGGCGUCGGACUGCGAGAUCAUGAUCAGUAACUUCCAGAAUGACGGCUCGACCAAGUGGACAACACAGACAGCGGAUCGUCAGCACAGGGAGCUUGGACACUAUGGCACCUGCGCCUUUGGAGUUGAGGCGACGAAGCUCAAUGGAAACAUACACUUCCAUUUCGGUGGCGGGGACCUCACCGAGGCUAUCACUACUGCUAUCAAGAAGUUUAAAAAGAAUGGCAAGAUCGGUGCGUCUGGUACGGUGGAUUGUGCUGGAAAUACAAGCAAAUCGCAGCCAGUCUUAUGGGGUAUCUACCAUCAUUCCUAG